AUGUUGACGGACUUCCUGCUUCGAAUUAAAUUCAACGAGACAUUCACCGGUCUAAUCCAAACAGAAAAAGGUGAACCGAACUGCAUCUACGUGAAUGCUUCCAUUCAACGUAGUCUUGAUUAUGAAGUGAAGAUUCCACUUAUCGGCUGUGAAACACGUCGAAGUGAAGACGGCAACUACGAAAACGAAAUCACCAUACAAAACAAUGACGUGUUCGAUGCUAAGAGCGAUAAACGUUACCUUCUCACAUGUAUUCCAGCUAAUCCUGCCUUCAGAGACUCACAGGUUACCGUGUCGUUUGGAGGCAUAACUAUCGAUAAUGCAGCAACCACAGCGAUUUCAUUGGUUAACAGUUCAAAAGUUGAGUAUGAGGUUACGGUUCGAGACGGUAAUGAUCUCUCAGCGCCCCCGUUGAAGCGCCCGCUUUUAGUUGGAGAUCGUGUGGUAUUUGGAAAUUUCGAACGACUAAGUCGUGGACGAAUUGGACGUUGUUGGGCAAGCGACGGUAAAAGCGAACUCGAUCUUAGCGAUAACGAUGGUUGCUCUCUUCAACGCGCUGGAGAGGCAAGUAUUAAGAAAUUCUUCUACAAAGGGGCAAGAAAACAUUCUCAUUCCUAUCCUCUUCGUUUUCUUCAGGUUUGGGGUGAUUUUGAAGUGCUUCGUGAUGAUUACGGUACUACAUUUCUCAGCCAUAUAAAGGCAUGGGCCUUCCCAACCAGCAACGAAGUGAACAUAUUUUGUAAUCUGCAUCUGUGCAGCGAUUGCACUCAGGCUGUAUGUCGGAAUCGCCGACGACGAGUUCCACCCGUCGUGAUGGACGUCACGAAUUUUCGCGCACGCGACGACUACGCGCCGCCCAUUCCGGUCCGCGCGUCGUUCAGACUUCGACGAGACGCGACAUCGGCCGCGGUGACGACGCAGAAAGCCUCGUCGUCUGUGUCGCGACAUCUUAACGCGGCAGCAGCUGCGACCACCACUGGACGAGUUUUCCCAUCAGCGUUGUACUUAAUGUUGUUUAUUGUGUUGAUUUAG